CCCUCCCCUCGCACCGCGGGCCUCCCCGCGCCGUGCACGCCCCCGUCCCGCGCCUCCGCCCCCUUGCUCGCUCGCUCCUUCCCGCCCUCCCCGCAGCGCCGGCCGCGCCGGCUUCCCCUCAGUCUCUCAUGAAUAUUGAGCGGCCCCUGUUGUAUUUCCCGAGCUCCAUUGCGGAAGCCGAGGCUCGCCAUAUUGUGCGGCGGCGCCGGCGGCCGCGGCGGCUUGUACCUGAGUCUCGGUCUGGCCGCGGCCAGCGGCGUCCCGGGCUGGAGCAGGAGCCGCAAUGUCUCAGGCUGUGCAGACAAACGGAACUCAACCAUUAAGCAAAACAUGGGAACUCAGUUUAUAUGAAUUACAACGAACACCUCAGGAGGCAAUAACAGAUGGCUUGGAAAUUGUGGUUUCACCCCGAAGUCUACACAGUGAAUUAAUGUGCCCAAUUUGUUUGGAUAUGUUGAAGAACACCAUGACUACAAAGGAGUGUUUACAUCGUUUUUGUGCAGACUGCAUUAUCACAGCCCUCAGAAGUGGCAAUAAAGAAUGUCCUACCUGUCGGAAAAAGCUAGUUUCUAAAAGAUCACUAAGGCCAGACCCAAACUUUGAUGCACUCAUCAGCAAAAUUUAUCCAAGUCGUGAUGAGUAUGAAGCUCAUCAAGAGAGGGUAUUAGCCAGGAUCAACAAGCACAAUAAUCAGCAAGCACUCAGUCACAGCAUUGAGGAAGGACUGAAGAUACAGGCCAUGAACAGAUUACAGCGAGGCAAGAAACAACAGAUUGAAAAUGGUAGUGGAGCAGAAGACAAUGGUGACAGUUCUCACUGUAGUAAUGCAUCCACACACAGUAAUCAGGAAGCAGGACCUAGUAACAAACGGACCAAAACAUCUGAUGAUUCCGGGCUUGAGCUUGAUAAUAACAAUGCAACAGUGGCAAUUGAUCCAGUAAUGGAUGGUGCUAGUGAAAUUGAAUUAGUAUUCAGGCCUCAUCCUACACUAAUGGAAAAAGAUGAUAGUGCACAGACAAGAUACAUAAAGACUUCAGGUAAUGCCACUGUUGAUCACUUAUCCAAGUAUCUGGCUGUGAGGUUAGCUUUGGAAGAACUUCGAAGCAAAGGAGAAUCAAACCAGAUGAACCUUGAUACAGCCAGUGAGAAGCAGUAUACCAUUUACAUAGCAACAGCCAGUGGGCAGUUCACUGUAUUAAAUGGCUCUUUUUCUUUGGAAUUGGUCAGUGAGAAAUACUGGAAAGUGAACAAACCCAUGGAACUUUAUUAUGCACCCACAAAGGAGCACAAAUGAGCUUUUACUAAAACCAAGUCUGAGAAUGAACUUUUUUUAUAGCCUAUUUCUUUAAUAUUAAAGAUGUAACGUCUUUACUUUUAUGGACAGAAUCUUGGAUAUGUUGUUCAGUUUUCUUUCUGAGCCAGACUCGUUUACACUAUUAGAAUCUUUUCCCCUUAAUUUAAGAUUUCCUUUUUGGAAGGGACUGCAAUUAUUCAAGACUUCUUUCCUUUUAAAAAUAAUCUAAGUUGUAUGUUUUCACUCACUAAGUAUGGUUCCAUUUGGAGCACCCUUUUGACCCAGGAAUUUUUCAUAGUUCUGUAUUCUUAAGAUUCAGUUGGCUAUUCUUUUCCCUCCCCUCCAAAGUUUUUUAGGCCUACAGAAUGUUAAAUAAUACGUAUUUUGACUUUUUUUCCUGGAGUCUUGUAUAUUUAUAGUUUUCUAUAUAAGCUGUAGUAUCUUCAUGAAGACCAAGGCUCAAAUUUACUGUGCUUAAAAGACAAUUCUCAUAGGAUUAUUAUUUUCAUGGUAUUUUCUUCCAUAAAAUCUCAUUUUUUAAAAAGGUUCUUUAUGAACUUAGUGUCCAUUGUCAUGCAAUGUUAUUUUUUUCCAUUUUUUCCCUCUAAUUUUGGAAUUUCUGAUCCUGGGAAAGAGAAACAAAAUGUCAAGUUCUGUGAGAACUUGGUUCAUUUACAGAUUUCACUGAAGAAAGAAAAAUUGGUCUUAUGUAGUCUUCAAGUGUAUAUUUAAAGAGGUCUUUUUUGUAUUAGCUUUACUGUCACUUCAGUUUCUUUAUUAUGUGUGUUUGAUGUUUUUUCCUAUUAAAAUAUCAGAGAUAUGGAGAUAUUUUGCACUUUAGCCUUGAUGAAAAGUACAAGAUAUGUUCAAACCUUCCCUAAUUCUUUUCUUAUUGGUAGCCACGUAAGUUUCAAGAAUAACAUGGCGCAUAGAACUAACAAUUGGGGGGUGGGGGGAAUUUGCUUCUGUUUGAAAAGUGUGUUCAGCAUUUUUGGUGGCCCUGUCAGUUUAUAAAUUUGGUGCUCUGCUAAUCACACUCUAGAGAAGCAAGUUAAUGGAGCUUGAGCCCUGCCCUAGUGAAAGAUUAUUCUGUAGAAGAAUGUCAGCAAGUAGGGUAAAGUCAUUCUCUUCUUAGUUUUAUAUUGAGGGACAGUGUUGGGCUUUUGGAGCCAGAAGGCUUUAUGAAGACAGAUCAGAAAUAUGAUUGACCUUGUGUGUUACUUUCAUCACUGUCCUGAUUCCAGGUAUGUUUCCAAGUUUAUAAUAAUCACAGUAUUUACAAAUACUUUUGUUUGCAUUGAGAAAUUAACCCCAGUGGGUUUUUUGUUUGUUUGUUUUUUGUUUUUGGACAGGGGUGAGUAGUCCUUCAGUACCAUUGUAACUAAAUAACCUGUCUAGUCAUUGUAUAUAUUUAUCUGUCAUUUUUGACAGAUUGGGGCCAGCUUGAUGUUUUGAAUCUUUAGCCCAAUAUGAAACCUAAAGGCUCAUUAAAUUUUUUACCAUUUUAUUGAAAAUAUUUACAAUCUGUUUUUACAGUUUUAUUGGUAAUCUGUGCCAUGAAAUUUGAAGACCACCAUAAAUCAAGGGAAAUUUUGUAUUCAGUUCCUUUUCUGGUGUAACGUUAAAAUUGUAUAGAUUAUUAUUAAUGCAUGUCCACUGAAUAUAACCCUGGUUUUGUGAUAUAACUGCUUACAUUUUAUUGGUGAUAUUAGAUUAGUGGUUGCAUUAAAUAACUAAAUUCCCAUUGUGAUUAAUUGAAA